UGUGGUGAAGACAACAUGGCGGCUCCUCUGGAGGUGAUCGUGAGCAGCGACUCCGGCUCUCAGCUGUGGAACAGCACCGUGUUCGACCUGCACAGCGGCUCCAGCCUGCUCUCAUACCGAGGGGGGAACAGCUCCGCCCGGGCCCUGACCGUCCUCGGCGGGCAGUACCUUCUGUCCGCCCAGCUGGGCAAGAACUUCAUCAACGUGUGGGAGAUCCAGAGGAAGGAUCAGCUGCAGCAGAAGAUCGUGUGUCCAGGUGUCGUCACCUGUCUGACCGCCUCACCUAAUGGACUCUUUCUCGCGGCUGCUGUUGCUGAGGCCAUUUACCUGUGGGAGGUAUCCACAGGUAAGCUGCUGUCCGUCCUCAGUCGUCACUAUCAGGAUGUCACCUGUCUGAAGUUCACCGACGACAGCAGUCAUUUUGUUUCUGGAGGAAAAGACAACCUGGCUCUGGUGUGGAGUCUGUCCAGUGUGAUCCAGUUGGAUUUAAGCCACACUCCGGAGCCUCGUCACAUCCUGUCCCGUCACUCUCUGGCGAUCACAGACCUGCACUGCGGCCUGAUGGGAGCUCAGGCCAGAGUCGCCACCGCCUCCUUGGACCAAACUGUGAAGGUGUGGGAGUUGUCCUCAGGUGAGCUGCUUCUGUCCGUCCUGUUUGAUGUGGAGAUCAUGUCUGUGACCUUUGACCCCUGCGAGUACUUCCUGUUCUGUGGAGGCAGUGACGGAAACAUUUUCCAGGUGUCUCUGUUCAGCCAGAGUCUCGGUCGGGACAAAUCCUUCCAGUCCGACAAUGACGGGAACCAGGUCUUCAAAGGACACAGGAACCUGGUGACGUGUCUCUCGGUGUCGAUGGACGGGACUCUCCUCUUGUCCGGGUCGCAUGAUGAGACGGUUCGACUCUGGGACAUCCAAAGCAAACAGAGCAUCCGCUGCCUCGCCCACAAAGGUCCCGUGACAAACGCCCUCAUCAUGGCAGCUCCGGCUAACAUGUUCCUGCCCGACAGUCGCCCCGCCGUCCCUCUGCCACGCUUCAGCCGGCACCUACACGCCUCCGAGGGUGACGGCGGGGAGUCGGGAGAGGUGUGUGUUCGGCUUGGCCUCUACGCACAGGAGGAGGAGGAGACAUACCUACAGAAAGCUGAGAGGCUGAACUCUUUGAUGAACGCUGUGACUGACAAGUCGGUGUUUGGUGACGGUGAGAACACGAAGGUUCGAGUUGCAGAGCUCGAAGAAGAAGUUCAGACUUUGAAGAAAGUGAACAAAGAUCUGUACGAGUUCUCCAGCCAGCUGCUCACCAAACCUACAUAAACAUAAUGUACACAGCUACACACUGAGAAACACACACAGUUACACAAAUCCACACACACAUACACACAGACCUCUCACACAGUGAUUAUUGUUGUUGGAAAAUAAAAGUCUGUUUUUGUAG